AAUACACCGCGACGUAACCGCGAGAUGUCGCUGCAUCUGCAUGCUUUGCACAGAACGUUAGCAGACGUAGCCAUGGAAAGUAUCACCGAAAUCGAUGGAGCUAUCAUGGAAGGGGGAGGGCAGAUCCUCAGGAUGGCCACCUCGCUUGGCGCUCUUUUGGGGAAGCCCGUCCGCGUCCGAAACAUCCGGGCGGGAAGGAGCACGCCCGGUCUUAGACCUCAACACUUAACUGGCCUUCAGUUGAUAAGAGAUAUAUGCGGAGGGAGAUUAGAAGGGGGACAGAUCGGGUCGACGGUAAUUACCUUUUAUCCGGCGCCGAUUAAGUCCGGAAGAUUUAUAGCCGAUACGGGAACUGCAGGGAGUGUAAUGCUACUCUUCCAAACAGCACUUCCGUGCAUGUUAUACGCCGGCGGUCCCUGUCAGAUGCUUCUGAAAGGCGGCACCAAUGCCGAAAUGGCUCCGCAGAUAGAUUAUACCUUAAUGGUGUUCCGUCCCAUAGCGGAAAAGUUCGGCAUCAAAUUCGAAUGUGACAUCCGCAAGAGAGGAUAUUAUCCAAAAGGCGGAGGAGAGGUCUUCGUACGUACUAAUCCCAUUGCGGACACUCUGCUUCCCAUAGAAAUGGUAGAGUGUGGACAAAUUACUCAAAUAACAGGAAGAUCGUUUGUGGCGGGAGUGCUUCCCAUUAAGGUAGCUAAUUCGAUGGCCGAUGCCGCCUGUAAGUCGUUAAAACAGACAUUUCCAAGAAUUAACGUUAAAGUGGAUCGAGUCAAAGAACCCCAGGAGAAAGCCAUAGGUACGGGUUCAGGGAUCAUCCUGGUGGCAGAGACGUCGAACAAUUACAAAUUAGGAAGUUCCGCACUAGGAAAGAGAGGAGUACCCGCAGAACAAGUUGGAGAAGCUGCGGCAACGGAUCUAAUCCGAAACAUUAACGAGGGAGGCUGCGUGGACAGUCACUUACAAGACCAGUUGAUAUUGCUGAUGACGUUGGCUAAAGGAAAGUCCAAGAUACGAUGCGGCAAACUAACGCUACAUACGGAAACCGCAAUUCACGUCGCAGAGCUCUUAACCAGUGCCAAAUUUUCCAUAAUCCCAGACGAAGGAAAAGAAAGCUGCGUGAUUGAGUGCCAAGGAAUUGGCCUACAGAAAAAAUCAUAGUCGAAACUAUAUAUAUUUUUUUCUUCCAUUUUGAAUUGUAGUUGUAAAUAAAUUCAAUUGUACUGUACAUUACAACUUCUCAAAAUAAAAAUGCAAC